AAAAUGCUUGACUCGUCAAUUGGCAUCUAUUUUCCUCAUGCUUUUUGGUGUACUUAUUGCCAAUUUUCUUCCCCACUGUGGCUAAUCGACACUCACCUGUGAGUAAGACAUCAAUUUGUAUAUUGGACUGAACAGGUGAUGAAGAAGUCAAUCCUCAUUACCAACAUCAGCCACCGAUGAAUGUGUGCUAAUAUGCGGUACAAGUUUAUGUGAUUAGAUUGUGAUUUGCCAACAAGUGCAGGCAGGUCGAUGGAACCGUCGCAUAUAAUGUGACAUGAAUCGAGCAGCCACAUACCUACCUUAUACAUGGAUUGGUACACAAAAUUCCAUCAUACCAUUCACCACACCACACCACAACAUCAUGAAUGAAUCAACGAAGUCAUAAAACAAUCGGAAAAAGAAAACUAUGGGGCUUUUAUGAAAAAUCUAAGGAGUCUAUGAUGCCGUUACUAAUGCAGGUAUAGCUGAAAAGAUGUGUGAGACGUCUGUGGCCAUUGACAGCCCCUGGUUUUCACCAUCUAUUAUACACCAUCUGUUUUACACAUAUUUCGAAGCAGAAUUUUGCAUGGCCCCAAAGAAAAUAGGCAUUUUGAAUGUCUACGCCAGUGAAACAAAUAAAGCCAAUAAAAUAACGACAACCAAACAAAUUGCUGAUGACACAACAGCGGCUGCAACAGCUACAGCAUCAUCAUCGGCAUCAGUAGCAGCAACAGCAUCUGUGGCAACAUCUGCUGUUGCAAAAGAGUCAACAGCAAAUGAAGCUACCAAAGAUAAAAGGCAAACAAAAGACACCAAAGAUGCUGGCAACAAUGAUGUCUAUGCGAAUCACCGUUCGGAUAGCAUUACCAGUGGCAAUGGCCGUUCUGCUGCAAAUUCCGACGAUCCCGAAGAUCCGCAAGAGACCAUCUAUGGUACAGAUGGUAGGCAAUUUCUAAUACGACCGCAACAGCACUCCACGCAACAGAGCGAUGAAGAGCAACAGCAGCAGCAGUCAGCGCUUCAACGCCAUCAGCCGGUAGCGCAAUUGAGAAAUUAUCCGGUAACCAUAAGGCCCCAUAGUUCACAGCUACUGGAACAAAGUCAGGAGUUACAACAUUAUGCAUAUCUCCAAGAUCUCAACCGGCCUUUGCAAAAACCUCUUCAUCAUGGAAAAUCACGAGCUGCACAAAAUAAAAAAUCAGCAGCACGCCGACAACAGUCGGAAGCACAAGCCAAUAGCCAAGCCGAGGAAGCCGAACAACGAUAUUCGGUGGCAGUAGAACAGCCAGUGCCACAGCAUAUACCGCGAGCCCACAUCUAUAGGCCACAAAUUCCUUACCAUGUUGCUUUGCAACAGCAACAGCAGCAGCAGCAGCAACAGCAACAACAACAGCUACAAGCACAACAACUAGCGGCAGCCGGCGAGCAAGCAAAUUCACAGCAACAGCCUUAUCAAAUAAUACCAGAAGAACAAUUUCUCAAACUUUUGGAAGAAGAACUAAAGGCUAGGGCCUAUCAAGAGGAUCAAGUCAGACGGCAACAACAGGCACAAGCCCAAGCGCAGGCUCAAAACCAAAAGGUAGCGCACCAAUCCCAUGGCCUAGGCCAUUAUCGUCAACGAGUGGAGGCGGGCGAGGAAUUACAACAACAACCCGAAUAUGUACAAUACCAAGUGCCCAGAUCCAGAGGUGGGCCCAAAUAUUUGCCCCUUCCCCAACAACAGCAGCAGGAGGAACAAGAGGCCGGCGCAGCAGCAGCGCAAGCACCUCUACCUCCGCAAAUAGCCUAUUACCAUCCACAAAUCAAUUAUAAAACAUUAGCCAAUCAUCCGCUGGCCAAAUCCUCCCUGGAAAAAGAAAUUGAGAAUUUGCUUGCCUCCAAUAAGCCCCAUGUGGCACCUGUACAGAUUGUGGACAACUCAAAUGAGCCCUCAGUGUUGCUUAACCAUCAACAUCAUCGCCAUGCCGCGCCUACACCACCUGCUCCCCAGCCUACAACUCAGACGCAUGUGCCUCGCUCAUCUCACAAAGCCUAUUUGCCCAGUACAGCAGCCCCCAAUAGUCUGCCGGAGACCAGCAAUCAGCCUUUUAUACCGUCAGCCCUCUUUAGAUUUAGUGGCUACCAACAACCCACUGCCAAUUAUCCCAUCCAAUCCUAUGCUCAACACAUUGUGGAUGCCAAAAAAUUGGGACCGGUUGUAUAUCCGCAACAAACGAAUGUGCCCACUGGCCAGCCUCCAGUUCAAGCAUCUCAAUUCUAUUAUCAGGAAGCUCCACUGCCCUCGCCAAGGCCCAAAGCGAUAAGGCAUAAAUUCGGUACCAAAUUCCCCACCACACCCACCCCGGUGAAGACGCACCAAAACGAUGUUAACUAUCCGACUCCAAGCAAAUACGCCCAUCCUUUGCUUUAUGAAAUCGAAAGGCCUACACCAUCGACAGCCCCUUCGGCUCCUGCACAGACUGCCCAUUUCUAUCCGAGUCCACCAGAUCCGCAUAGAAAUACACCAGCUCCACCUACACCUCCCCCAGCACCUGCAGCUACUACCAAAUAUGCUCAAUACCCACCACCAGCAUCCUCACAAUCCUCCAUUUAUGUUUCCCAAGGCACUGGCAUUGCCACCCCCUCGAGACCUGUGAGCACAGUAAAACCAAAAACCCUGGCAGACCUUAAACAAUUGAAUUUACCCCAGCCUGGUGACAAGCCUUUGACACAGGCAGAAUUUCAGGCUUUGGUUGAUGCCGGUUACCCCGUAACCGCUGUGCCUGUUCCCAUUCCUGUACCCUAUGAGCAGUAUGUCAAGGAUCAUCCUGAGUAUCGCAAUCAACCUCCACCACAACCACCCGCACUGCCGGUCAACUAUGAACAAUUAAUGCGCUUUGCUCAACUCCAACAGCAUCAAGUUCCUCAUCAGUAUCUACCCCAACGAGCUGGUGGUCAUCAGCAUGCCAGAUCUCUGGUCGCCAGACCAUCAGAACCCUCAGUGAAAAUAGUAGCCUCGCCCAUGGAUGCCCAGCAACAGACUGCCACCGCUAUUGGGGGAGGCAGUGUCACCUACUUACGAGCCAUACCCGAAAAUUCGAAACGACGUCCUCGCGAGGAGGCCGAAACGAAAGUUAUAGGAGCCAAGGAAGAUCACAAAAAUCCAGUGCAAGACCAGCCACUGGACCACGACGUAGUAGAGGUAUUAGCGGUCAACUAGUUAAAUGCAGAUAUUACGAAAAAUCAAU